GCGGGACUGUGCCUAGCGGGACUCGAGCGCCGGCUGCAGCCUCAGCUGACCGAGGGGCGCUGCCGCUGCUGUUGCCACUACGGCCGGCGCCGCGUCCUCGUCUUCCUCCUGCUCGGCCGUGCGUGCGCCCCUCGGCAAGGGAGGCCGUCGCCCAGGCGGACUUGCGCCAUGGAAGGAGAGCUGCUGCUGCUGCGUUAGCGGCGCUGCCCCUGCUGCUUGGGAUCCUGCCCAAGAGAGAUCGCAGACGCCGGCGGCGGGAUGAGCGGCAGCGCGGCGCCCCCCGGGCCCGGCUCGGGCUCGGCGCCCUGCCGCUUUGCGCACUACUUCGUGCUGUGCGGGAUCGAUGCCGACAGCGGGCUGGAGCCGGACGAGCUGGCGGUCUUAUACCAGUGGCUAGAAGCCGAUCGUCAUGGCAGGAGCUCAGAUUCUGCAAACAGAACAUCAGGAGAGAACUUUGACCAGAGCCCCUUAAGAAGAACUUUCAAGUCCAAAGUCUUGGCUCACUAUCCCCAGAACAUAGAGUGGAAUCCCUUUGAUCAAGAUGCAGUCAACAUGUUAUGUAUGCCCAAAGGGCUAUCCUUCAGGACUCAAACCGAUAACAGAGACCCCCAGUUCCACUCUUUCAUCAUUACCCGGGAAGAUGGUUCCCGCACCUACGGGUUCGUACUCACCUUCUACGAAGAGGUCACGAGCAAGCAGAUUUGCACAGCUAUGCAGACGCUUUAUCAAAUGCACAACGCAGAGCAAUGCAACAGCGCCUGCGCCUCAUCGUCGUGCAGCACAGACUCCCUGGCAAGCAGCCUCGACGAAGGCGACUCCACGUCGCUGGCCAAGAUGCAGCGCUACAACUCCUACGAUAUCAACAGGGACACACUCUACGUCUCCAAGUGCAUUUGCCUCAUUGCCCCCCUUCCUUUCAUGCAAGCCUGCAAGAAAUUCCUCAUCCAGCUUUACAAGGCAGUCACCUCCCAGCAACCUCCACCUUUACCCCUGGAGAGCUACAUCCAUAACAUUCUUUAUGAAGUGCCCCUUCCGCCGCCAGGGAGGUCUCUCAAAUUCUACGGGGUCUACGAGCCUAUCUUUUGCCAGAGACCCGGGCCUAAUGAACUCCCACUAUCCGACUACCCUCUCCGGGAGGCCUUUGAGUUAUUGGGCUUGGAGAACCUCAUCCAGGUUUUUACGUGUGUUCUCCUAGAAAUGCAGAUCCUUCUUUAUUCUCAAGAUUACCAGCGUCUAAUGACGGUUGCAGAAGGGAUCACCACGCUGCUGUUCCCAUUUCAGUGGCAACAUGUCUACGUUCCCAUCCUCCCAGCCUCUCUCCUGCAUUUCCUCGAUGCUCCUGUACCUUACUUGAUGGGCCUGCAGUCGAAGGAGGGAACAGACCGUUCCAAACUGGAGCUUCCCCAAGAGGCUAACCUCUGCUUCGUGGAUAUCGAUAACCACUUUAUUGAGUUACCAGAGGAACUUCCUCAGUUUCCCAACAAGCCGGAUUUCAUCCAGGAAAUCUCCGAAGUUCUGCUUCAGUUUGGAAUUCCCCUUGAGGGCACCCUUCAUUGUAGUGAGAGUGCCACCAAGUUUAAGAACCUAGUUCUCAAUGACUUGGCCAAUGACAAAAAAAAUGGGAACGUACCCAGCAACACCAUCAACAUGUAUGAAUUGCUCAAGGGCAAUGAGACUAUUGCCCGCCUCCACGCUUUGGCAAAGAGAACAGGGGUGACAGUGGAUAAAAUGAGCAUCAACAUUCCUCUGGAAGAGAAGGAAAGGAAUGUUAAGCUCCAGUGUGAAGACGGGGAGCUGAGGGACUACAAACUGAACGUUCAGCUACGAGAGGUCUUCGCCAACCGCUUCACGCAGAUGUUUUCUGACUAUGAUGCUUUCGUCAUUCAAGCGGCGCAAGACAGGGAAUCGUGGCUGACCAACAGGGAACAGAUGCAGAAUUUUGACAAAGCUUCAUUUCUCUCUGACCAACCUGAGCCUUACCUCCCAUUCCUCUCGCACUUCAUUGAAACUCAAAUGUUUGCAACAUUCAUCGACAAUAAAAUUAUGUCCCAUUGGGAAGAAAAAGACCCAUUUUUGCGAGUGUUUGAUUCCCGAAUAGAGAAGAUAAGGCUGUAUAAUGUCCGGGUUCCUUCACUAAGAACGUCUACAUAUCAGAAGUGCAACACGUUGAAAGAAGCAGCUCAAGCCAUUGAACAGCGGCUGACGAAGAUUGAUCACACUGCAAUCCAUCCUCAUUUGCUUGAUAUGAAGAUAGGCCAAGGCAAAUAUGAACAAGGCUUCUUCCCUAAGCUUCAGUCAGACGUGCUGGCAGCUGGGCCUACCAACAACAAUCGGUGGGUGAGCCGAAGCGCUACAGCACAGCGCAGGAAAGAUCGCCUCCGGCAACAUUCAGAGCACAUUGGUUUGGACAAUGACUUACGAGAGGUAAGUGCUGAGUUCUUGAUCCAUCAGAACUCACUGGCAUUCUGGGAGUGGGAUCAGGGCCCACCUCCUCCUGCACGACUACCUAAAAAAUCAUUCUCUGAAUGUUCUCUGAAGUACAUGCAAGAAGCAAGGACCUUGGGGAAAAAUCUGAGGCAGCCCAAACUCUCCGAUCUUUCUCCUGCUGUAAUUGCUCAAACAAACUGGAAAUUCGUAGAAGGUUUACUCAAAGAAUGUCGAAUGAAGACUAAACGUAUGCUGGUAGAGAAGAUGGGCCAUGAAGCUGUUGAGCUUGGACAUGGAGAGGCCAACAUAACGGGUCUGGAAGAGAAUACGCUCAUCGCUAGCCUUUGUGACUUGCUGGAAAGAAUUUGGAGUCACGGACUACUGGUCAAACAGGGGAAAUCUGCAUUGUGGUCCCAUUUAAUUCAGUACCAGGAGAGGGAAGAGAAACAGGAGCAGCUUGCAGAAUCCCCAAUUGCCGUAGGGCCAGAACGAAGGAAGUCUGACACAGGGUUUAUGUUACCUACUCUGAGAGUCUCGCUUAUCAGUGACAUGAGGCACAUUCAGAACAUGAGUGAAAUUAAGACUGAUGUUGGCCGAGCUCGAGCCUGGAUACGGCUGUCUCUUGAAAAGAAACUUUUGUCUCAGCAUCUCAAGCAGCUGCUUUCCAACCAAGCCCUGGCAAAGAAACUGUACAAGCGUUAUGCCUUUCUGCGCUGCGAAGAAGAGCGGGAACAGUUCCUCUAUCACCUCCUCUCGCUCAACGCUGUGAAUUACUUCUGCUUCACAAGUGUCUUCACCACCAUUGUGAUUCCAUAUAGGACGGUGAUAAUCCCCAUUAAGAAACUAAGCAAUGCAAUCACCACGUCAAACCCAUGGAUUUGUGUUUCCGGAGAACUGGGAGAUACUGGAAUAAUGCAGAUCCCAAAGAACCUUUUAGAAAUGACAUUUGAGUGUCAGAACUUGGGGAAGCUAACUACUGUUCAGAUAGGUCAUGACAACUCAGGACUGUUAGCCAAAUGGCUGGUGGAUUGUGUCAUGGUCAGGAAUGAAAUCACAGGACACACUUACAAGUUCCCAUGUGGAAGAUGGUUGGGGAAGGGUGUCGAUGACGGUAGCCUGGAGAGAAUUCUCAUAGGAGAGUUGCUUUCAACAGCAUCGGAUGAUGAUCUCGGGAAGCAGUGCCGAACCCCACCUCAACAGAAAUCCCCAACCACAGCCCGGAGAUUGAGUAUCACUUCUCUCACAGGGAAAAAUACAAAACCCAAUGCAGGACAGAUCCAGGAGGGGAUCGGGGAGGCUGUGAACAAUAUUGUGAAGCAUUUCCACAAACCUGAAAAAGAGAGGGGAAGCCUCACUGUUCUCUUGUGUGGAGAAAAUGGUCUGGUUGCAGCACUGGAGCAGGUCUUCCACCAUGGUUUCAAGUCUGCUCGUAUCUUCCAUAAGAAUGUCUUCAUCUGGGACUUCAUAGAAAAGGCGGUUGCCUACUUUGAGACCACUGACCAGCUUGGGGACAAUGAAGAGGAUGUUCUUCUUCAAAAAUCCUCCUGCAAAACAUUUUGCCACUAUGUAAAUGCCAUCAAUACGGCACCACGGAACAUAGGGAAGGACGGCAAAUUCCAAAUUCUAGUUUGCCUUGGAACUCGGGAUCACUUCAUCCCGCAGUGGAUUCCCUUACUGGCAGAGUGCCCAGCCAUCACUCGGAUGUACGAAGAGAACGCUCUCCUGCGUGACCGCAUGAUGGUGAAUUCUCUCAUCAGAGUCCUACAGACCUUGCAGGACUUCGGCAUUGUCCUGGAAGGGUCACUCGUCAAAGGGGUGGAUGUGUAGUGUAUGGCUCUGCAGACCUGCUCUGUCUCUCUUCUCCCAGGCAAACGGAUGUGUUGAAUUUGGGAGAGGAUGGAUCUGUUAAAAUGCAAAUGCUGCUGGUAGUGGCCCACUGUGUGUUUCAAAAAGCAGUUUGUUGAUAGGUGAGAGUAGGGGUUGUGGGCAGAUUCUUCGCUUGUGUAGUUUCCUUACUGGUCUACCCCGAAGCCGCAAACAGGCUACGCUGCAGUAUUGUAGUUUUCAAACCAGAGGUUUAGUAUAAAAUAGAGUAUUUUCAUGUGUUCAAUGUGUGUAAAUAGGCUACCUUACUUCAGAAAUAUUACCAAUAUGGAACUUUUCUUAGAAUCAGUGUUCUCGGGGUUGGGGGAGGGAAGGAAAUGUAGCCUAAAACAACUUUAUAGGGUUGGGAGAAGGAAGGAAGCAUUUCUUGCAAGUAUGGGAAAAAGCCACUCCAUCUGUAGAUAUUGUACAAACGUAGCACGGGGGGCUUUUUUGCAUAUUGCAGAGGAACAACUGAAGGCUCUCUGGGGUAGCCACUGCUGUAUUCUUCUUGUGAAUGUAUAUUGUUUGCUCUGUUCCCUGUAUGUGUUGGGGGGGGGGUCUCGUUAUUCCGUUUAGAUCCAAUCCUUCGUUUGUGUGCAUCCAAUAAGCUGUGAAUCAUAGGAUUCUGGAUCCCCUCCCUGACUUUCGUCAGUCAGUGCAAGUGGUGCAAAGGAAAGUCUUCACACUGGACACGAAGAGUUCUUGAGCUUUGAACAGGGAUCCACUGGAUUACAAAAAGAGGAGAAAAGCUGUACUAGAGCGUUGGGUGGUUAACUGGCCUUUCGACUCUCUCCCUCUCCCUCUCCUUUCCCCUCAUUCCCCAUUUGGGGUUUUGAGUUCUGUUGCAACGCCCGCUUCAAGAGACAUUUUUGAGGAAGGCUUCUGGAAGAAAAAGCAAUCUCUUAUCACAAACAGUUUCUGCAUGAUUGAUUUGGAAGGUUUAAAAUGUCAGCAGCCUCCCUGCCCUGCAACUGUCUUACUCUGAUGGGAGGCUGCUUAUAACCUUUUAAUGCUAUAACUCUUCCCAUGUAAACAGAAAGGGUCCAUAUAUAGCAAGGAGCUCUAGGCAAGAUGACCAGGAUGUGGGGAGUUUCCAUGUAGAAAUAACCUCCCAUGCAGUUUCCGGUAGGUAAAGGCUCCCCUAAGGGAUGAUGCUUACGUUGCCUUAGUGGUCCGGUAGCUACUUCAGCAUUUCUCCUUCCCAUGCCACUCAGGUAACAGAAGGAAGCCAGUAGGGAGGGCUUGGCAAUGGUACCAGCGUAGCCCUACCUGGGAGCAAUGGUGGCACAGGGAAGUAGCUGCAUUUCGGCUCCUCCCGUGUGAACUCAGCAUUGCUAUGGUGCCACAGUGGCAUGUGCAGCUCGUAAUGUAAGGCAUCCCUUGGUUUUGUGCAGAGGCAACAGAUACCCAAAUCUAGAGGCUAUCCUGAAAAGUGGAUAGAUGCAAUAUUUUGAGAAGCAAAUCAAGUUGCUUUAAGCAGACCAAUUUAAGUUAGUCCUGGAUAGUGGGGCAACACAGAUAGCAGAUGUAUCAUCUAUUAUUCUAUUCCCCCACCCUCAAUUGAGAUGGCAUUUGGGGCUGAAUGAGCUCUCUCUGUCAGUUCCUUGUUAACUUGUAAAGCACUGGGGAGCAUGGGCAGUCACACCAUUCAUCAUGCCUGACUCUGUAGUCCUUCCGAGAGAAGUGAUGGAUACCUUUCAUCUUAAGCUAUAGCACAUAUACACCCUGCUGCAUUGGUGCUUCCUCCACUUUCUAAUACUGUUAUAGAGUCCAAGAGAGAGGGCCCCUUAAGGCUGAAGCAGGUGGAAAACCCUGAAAGUAAAAUACAUGGUAUUUGGAAAAGAAAGCAGCUGAGAGCAUAGUGUGUGAAGCCUCUAUUUAUUUCAUUUAACAGAUGAUAUUCCUAAGAAGUACGCUGACAAGGAAUUCUCUUAGGGCGUGAUAUUAAGAGUGAGACAGUAUGUUCAGUGACAAACACAGGGCUCCCAACUCUGGGCUUUGCCAUUAGUGUGCAAAGUGGCAGGGGGAGAGGGACAUUUGCAAGGGAGAAAUGGCAAAGGGUUGCUUCUCUCAGAAACUUGCAUCCUGCACACAAGUCAGUAAAAAUGGCAGGGAAGGGAUUUGAGGGAGAACAUGGUGGAUGGAAGAAGGGUUAAGUGCAUACUCAACCGCUGCCAAUUUGUACUUCAUCAGCAGCCCUUGCUUUGAGGACCCUGUGUUUUGAUGUGCAAUGUGUCUUUCCACCCUUUUUCUGUGAAUUUUUUUAUCAAAAAAAAGAGCAGCAGCAAGCUGGGAUUCUGAGCCAACAAGUGGCUUGCACGCAUCAAGAUAUUUCACCAAUACCUCUGCUCCCUUGAAAAAUUAGGUGGCACCUUUGGCCACAACAUUUGCUGAAAUAGCACAUGAAUCCCAAUGCAUGCAAUCUGCCCAAAGGGCUUUGGCAACAUGACUAUGAAACAUGAAUGCAUUUGGAAAUAUUCACCAAAAUUUCAGAACACGUAUUUGGGGGUGGAGAGAGAUUUCCAGAUAAUCCUUCUCAAGCAAAACCAGCUUCCUUUUUACCCCAACCAUUUAUUUACCUCACAUGAUCAGAUCGUUCCCAGGUAACCCCAGUCCGAUGUUGAUGGAAGACAUGAUCCUGCAAUCUCGGACAUGAUUUUAAAUAUUUCCAGAGCUAACUUUUGUGGAGUAACAUGCAACCCCAUUAAAAACUGGAGAAGUUACUUGAUCUUUCAUUCCUUUUCAUUUACUCUGCUCUAGUUAGAAAUGGUUAUUUCAUUGAAAAUCCAAGUAUGUACCGUUACUAGAGAUAUUUGCUCCUUCCACAUUUUCCUGUAAUUUCCAGAUAGCCAAUACAAUUUGGCAUUCGCUGCUCUUUUUCUCAAGAAACAAAUGGUGGAUUGUUCGUAGUUUUAUCUAUAUUUUGCCUGUUGAUAUUUCUGAAAAAUUCCUUUGUACUUAGAGCUAAGAAGACUAAGCUAAGAAAAAUGAGGGUAUGGUACAGAACCAAACAGGGGAAUAAAGGAAUUGUCCAGAUAUCAAUGUGCUUUGUUUUUACAUGUCUCGAAACUGGCCCCAGUCGUGGAUGAAGUCCCACAUCUUGUUUUUACUAAAUGACAGCAAAUAAAAAGCAAUAUGUUACUUGGAUGGCUGCAUUCAUUCCAGAAGAAUCUGAGUCAAAUUGGAGCCCUGGAUUCCUUAAUUGACUACCAACUGCCCUUGCACCUACUGGUUUUCUGUACUAUCCCCUUUCUGCUUUGACAUUUAUUUCAUGACAUGAGGAAAAUAACCAUUGAUGCAAAUAAAGACAGACACCCGAUAAAGGUUUUUUGCCUGAAAUUCACAGUGGGUCUCUAUCCACCUCUAGCAUGUGGCUCUGGACGUCUUGCCUCACAAUUUAAUUUCUUUCUGUAAAGCAUUUCAUUGGAAUUGGUGUGAAAGGGACUCUGGAUGUCGAGUUUCCUUUUAGGCAAUAAAGCACUGUAUAAAUGUGUAGUAUUAUAACAACCUUAAGGUAUUUCUGAAGCAUGAGAUUGAUCUCUGGUAGAUUAAUUAUAUUUGACAACUUCAGGAGGGCAGUUCUUCCGUUACAUUUGUUUUAUUCCUGUUGUGUGCAAACUUUUUUGUUUAAGAAACAAUUUUGAUCACUUGAAACAGGUUCCCCAACCCCCACCCCUGUUGCUGUUUUCAGAAACUGUUCCGGUUUCUUUAAAAGAGUGAGGAAGACUUUAGUAGUCGUGGUUCUCUGGAAUUUAAUGUACCUUUAAAACAUCAGUAUUAAGGAGCUUUUGAGAAACCAACUUUUAAAGCAACUAAGGCUUUCUGGUGGGACGCGGGUGGUGCUGUGGUCUAAACCACUGAGCCUAGGGCUUGCUGAUCAGAAGGUUGGCAGUUCUAAUCCCCGUGACGGGGUGAGCUCCCGUUGCUCGGUCCCAGCUCCUGCCAACCUAGCAGUUCGAAAGCACGUCAAAGUGCAAGUAGAUAAAUAGGUACUGCUCUGGCGGGAAGGUAAACGGUGUUUCUGUGCGCUGCUCUGGUUUGCCAGAAGUGGCUUAGUCAUGUUGGCUACAUGACCCGGAAGCUGUCUGCGGACAAACGUUGGCUCCCUCGGCCUAUAGAGCGAGAUGAGCGCGCAAGCCCAGAGUCGUUCUUGACUGGACGUAAGAGUCAGGGGUACCUUUACUUUUUAAGGUUUUCUGGUAACUUGCCAAGUAAAAAUUCUGUGUUCAAGAACAGCGGCUCUCAAAACACUGUACAUUCUUUAUAGCAUUGCUAAGCUAAUAUAGUAAGAACAUUUGAAGCUAUGAAGUAGAAUUGCAAAGUAGAUCAAUGUAUAACAGAGUUUAUGGGUCUUUGAGGCAAACCAGAAUGUGGUUGUCUCAGUGCAGAGGAAACCCCACCACUUCAUCUUUCUAAUUAACACUUUAGCAGCCCAUUUACUUGGAGGUAAAUUCCAUUAUUUCUUAACUGGGAUUGAUCUCUGAGUAAAGAUGUUUGGGAUGGGGCUGUUAGCUGCUUUUUUUUAGGAACAAGUUUUAAGAGGUGGUGCAGUGUCAUAAUUAACAUUGAUUUUCCUCUUCCCAAUCAAGUGAAGGUGCAUUUCUCAUAAGGAAACUGUUGUAUGUUACACUUGAAAUGUAUAAAUAUACCUGACAGAGUUUAUUAAAGAACUCCUUCCGCCCCCCCACCCUUAAGUAUCUUCAGAAUAUGUUGCUGUUUUAUUUUCACAUUUUUCAUAAAUUAAUCAGGACUGGAUAAUGUUCAGGAAGUGAAUAUCAGUAAAAGUAUUGUUAUUUCAAGCACUUUAGCAUACAUAUCACAAACUGACGUGGGUGUUUUUUUCCAGGGUUUGGAUUACUAUUAAAUGCAGCUUUUCAUGCAAUGGUAUUUACAAAUAAAACUCUGAGAACAACAA